UAGAUCAGGACAGAUAUUUCAUGUGUGUGGCAGCGGGUGUGCAAAUUAAUUAAUAUGGGAGGAGGAGGAGGUUAUAGCAGCCGCAGGAAGUCUUCUUCCGGAUCCAGCAGCUGCUUUUCUAUGGUCCUCAACAUAUUCAGGUGGUCUUGUUGUUCCAAAAUUGGAAGCAGAGCCAGAGAUGAUGCCUACAGCGAAGAAGGGGGGUACGUAAAUGGAAGAAUAUAUCCAAGUGACGAAGAUGGAAGACAGUACUGGCCGGUCGCAGAGCCCGGAAUUGAUCGAAGAGCCACCGCCUUCAUUGCCAGGUUCUACGAGGCUCGUGUCUCUGACCCUGACCGCCAAAGUCUUGCUCUCUAGCUACCUCAACUCCUCUCCUCAUCAACAGCCACUCUACGUCUCUACCUUUAAAUUAUAUAUUAAUCAAUAAAUAAUUCUCAAUUAGUAUUCAUUCCCAUAAUUAAUUUCUAUCAUCAUUAGUUAUUAAGUCUCCUUUCUCUACUUCAUCAAUUCACCCAUCAGAGUCCUACGUAUUGUAAUUAGUCUACCAAUAAUGACUACAAUUUCUUAAUUAUCAGUUUAAUUAAUUUGUUUCUCAUCUAA